CCGCUUGGCUGCCGUCGCGCUCUAGUGACGUCGCCGAGAGGCGCGGUUGCCUGGGCAGCAGAAGAGGACCCUGUUGUUGUCAUUGCCCGAGUUUAGAAGGGUUUAAAAUGGGGCAGGAAGAGGCUCAGGAGCCGUCAUGGGGGUCCCUCCUUCUGAGGAGGGUGAUGCUGUUGCAGGCUUGUGUCCGGGGUUAUCUUGUCAGGAAGAGGUUUCGAGGUUUAAAGCAGGAAUAUGAGGACAUUGUGAAGGAGAUCGAAGGGAACCUGGAUCGGCUGCAUUGGGAGAAUCAUUCUGUACCAAAGCCUAUAUUUCUCCCCAAGAAAUCAAUAAAGAUGAAGGCAUUAAGCAGCCAAGAGGCUGAAUCCAGCAAAAAACAGGAACAUGAGCCAAAGCCUUGCUGUCAAGAGGAGUUACUACCUGAAAAAGACUCUGAGAUGCAGCUUCCAAGACACCUUUCAGAAAAAGUGAUUGAUGUCAACAAGGAAGAUGAUACAAGGCAGAAUCCAGAGUAUCUUGAAAGCAAGCCACCGGGGAACGCCUGCAUUGCGUCGGCAGAGGAUGAGGAAGACAAAGAGCAAAGCAGUGUGUCAUCAACAUGGAGCAGCUUUAUCCUGGGGACAGAAACCCCUCCACGAGGCCAGACACUUCCCUGCCACCAAGGAGAAGCAUUGCCUGAGCUGCAGGAGCACCGGAAGCACUUGGCCAUGGAGCUGCUGUGGCUGCAGCAAGCCAUUGUCAGCCGCAAGAAUUAUUUGAUCCUGAAACAGAGGAUAGGAAGCUCGGAGUGACUGCAGUCUGGAAGCACAACCGUUGGUCCCAUUGGGGACAGAAAACUGGAAGCACGUGGACUUUGAAGCUGUUGGAUGGGGAAGACGGCUGAGAAAACGUUUGGCUGUUUCCCCAGAAAUGAAUUGUGAUAUUUGUGCAAAUGUUGUGUUUUUUAAAUACAGCAGCUAAGAAGGACAGCAUUCUCUGUGGAAGACCCAGACUUUGUUUCUGCAGGCUGAGCUUGCAAAUUGUUUUUGAUGGAGCAAAAUCCGAUCUUGAGAGUUACAUACGCACACAAACAUUCACACAGAUAUAUACUUUGCAGACUUUCCAGUCACAGGCUGAUAUACCCAGUGUCUAUGGUUGCUCUUGGCUGCCUGGGGAUGAUUGAACAGGAAAUGAUCAUUUUUUUACAUGAAAACUUUCACUUGUCAGGUGGAGCAUUUCUAACAACAAAUGUUUGGAUCCCUAUCAUUCUGCUCCAGAGCUUCCAAGUGUGACUUUUUGGGUGAAAUCCAGAUGUUCUCUUUUGGAUGGAAUUUUUUACUCUGAGGGUCCAUUUAUCUCUACCUCCCAAUCUCAGAGGUUGAUAAGCCCUUAUCCAUUUGUUGGCUUGGUAUUUGGUCCAUGCAGUCUGAUAAAUUGAAAGCUAUGUCAAGUCAUCAAAAUGCUGAGUGUGUUUUUGUUUUUAAAUAAAAUGCUAUAUUUUCCUAAAA